ACUCAGAGUGCGUGCCUCAAACGCACCGACACCAACGGCACAUGAAUUUAGAGCAUCGUAUAAGGGCCUAUCGCUUUGUUACUUACUCCGCCGUCACUUUUUCUGUCGUCGCUGUCAUUUCUGUAUGCACCACACUGCCUAUGGUUUAUAAUUAUGUACAUCAUGUGAAGCGGCAAAUGCACAAUGAAGUUAAUUUUUGCAAGGAUUCUGCUCGUGAUAUUUGGUCCGAAGUUGGUCAGCUUAAGACCAUACAAAAGCAAGCAAAUAGGACGGCUCGUCAGAGCAACUAUGCGUAUGGGGACUGCGCAGCCUGUUGUACAGGAGGACAGGCAGGGCCUCCUGGAAUGCCCGGAAACCCUGGACGACCGGGAAAUCCUGGAGCACCUGGUAUUCCCGGAAAACCAGGACGACCUCCAGUCCAACCCUGUGAUCCGAUCCCAGUUCCGCCAUGCAAGCCGUGUCCACCAGGACGGCCAGGACCACCAGGUCCCAUAGGCCCUCCCGGCGAACCAGGAGCACCUGGAAACAACGGCGCGCCCGGAGCCGAUGGGCAGCCUGGCCCACCAGGGCCAAAAGGCCCUCCAGGUCCUCCAGGAAAAGCCGGACCACCUGGACCUCCCGGCCCACCUGGAGCAAAUGCGCCUUCAGAGCCUCUGGUACCCGGACCACCAGGACCACCAGGACCGCCGGGACCACAAGGACCUCCUGGACCAAAUGGAGCUCCUGGACACCCUGGUGCACCAGGAGCACCUGGCGAGAAGGGACCGCGUGGACAAGACGGACAACCAGGAGCGCCCGGAAAUGCCGGACAUCCCGGACAGCCUGGACCUCCAGGACCGCCCGGAGAACGUGGUGUUUGCCCGAAAUAUUGCUCGAUCGACGGUGGCGUCUUUUUCGAAGAUGGAACGCGACGCUAAGCAUCAACAGGAACAAAGAAGUGGCCGCCAAGUACCAUUACGAAGUACUUUUUUCUCACGUG